AUGGAAGAUUCAAGCUCCAUCAAGAUUUCCCCUCUGGAUCUCGUGUCCGCCAUGAUCAAGGGCACCCUCGACCCCUCCAACUUCUCCUCCUCCACCUCCUCCGCCGCCACCGUCUUUCUCGAGAACCGCGAAUUUGUCAUGGUCCUCACCACCUCCAUCGCCGUCCUUAUCGGCUGCGUCGUCGUCUUCAUCUGGCGGAGAUCCGCCUCCCCCAAGCCCAAGCCUCUCGAGCCUCCCAAGCGCCUCGUCGAGAAGCUUCCCGAGGUUGAGCUCGACGAUGGCACCAAGAAGGUCACCAUCUUUUUCGGCACUCAGACCGGCACCGCCGAAGGCUUCUCCAAGGCCAUAGCGGAAGAGGCUAAGGCGCGUUACGAGAGGGCCACGUUCAGAGUCGUCGAUUUGGAUGAUUACGCGGCUGAUGACGAAGAAUACGAGGAAAGGUUCAAGAAGGAGAGGCAUGCUCUUUUCUUUUUAGCCACAUAUGGUGAUGGUGAGCCUACUGAUAAUGCGGCAAGGUUUUAUAAAUGGUUUACGGAGGGGGGAGAGAAAGGAGAAGGAUGGCUUCAGAAUCUUCAUUAUGGUGUGUUUGGCCUUGGGAACAGACAGUAUGAGCAUUUUAACAAGGUGGCUAUAGUAGUGGAUGAAAUGCUUGCUGAGCAAGGAGGAAAGCGUCUUUUGCCAGUGGGUCUAGGAGAUGAUGAUCAAUGUAUUGAGGAUGACUUCACUGCAUGGAAAGAAGAACUGUGGCCAACAUUGGAUCAAUUGCUUAGAGAUGAGGAUGAUACAGCUGUGUCUACACCUUACACUGCUGCUGUCUUGGAAUACCGGGUUGUUAUUCAUGAUCCUUUGGAAGUGUCUGUUGAUGAAAAGAAGUGGCAUAAUGUAAAUGGUCAUGCCAUUGUGGAUGCUCAACAUCCUGUCAGGGCAAAUGUGGCUGUGCGUAAGGAGCUUCAUACUCCAGCAUCCAAUCGAUCUUGCACUCAUUUGGAAUUUGACAUUUCAGGCACUACAGUUGCAUAUGAAACAGGGGACCAUGUUGGUGUGUACUGUGAGAAUUUGUCUGAAACUGUGGAAGAGGCGUUAAGGUUAAUAGGCUUGUCACCAGAUACCUAUUUCUCUAUCCAUACUGAUGAUGAAGAUGGGAAACCACUUAGCGGAAGCUCCUUGCCACCUCCAUUCCCACCUUGUACUCUAAGAACUGCAAUUGCACGAUAUGCUGAUGUUUUGAGUUCACCCAAAAAGUCUGUCUUGCUUGCCUUAGCUGCUCAUGCAUCUGAUCCAUCUGAAGCUGAUCGUCUAAGGCAUCUUGCCUCACCUGCUGGAAAGGAUGAAUAUUCAGAGUGGGUGAUUGCCUCUCAGAGAAGUCUCCUUGAGGUCAUGGCUGAAUUUCCAUCAGCCAAACCUCCAAUUGGUGUAUUUUUUGCCGCAGUUGCUCCUCGCCUGCAGCCAAGAUUUUAUUCAAUCUCCUCGUCUCCAAGAAUGGUGCCGACCAGAAUUCAUGUUACCUGUGCAUUAGUACGUGAUACAAUGCCCACUGGAAGGAUUCACAAAGGAGUGUGUUCCACAUGGAUGAAGAAUUCUGUGCCAUUGGAGAAAAGCACUGACUGCAGUUGGGCUCCUGUCUUUGUUAGGACGUCCAACUUUAGACUCCCUGUUGAUAAUAAAGUGCCUAUAAUCAUGAUUGGUCCUGGCACCGGAUUGGCUCCUUUCAGGGGUUUCUUGCAGGAAAGAUUAGCUCUGAAAGAAGGAGGAGCUGAACUUGGUCCCUCUGUUUUAUUUUUUGGAUGCAGGAACCGUCAAAUGGACUACAUCUAUGAAGACGAGUUGAAUCACUUCAUUAAUACUGGCGCACUCUCUGAACUCAUUGUUGCCUUCUCGCGAGAGGGACCUACCAAGGAAUAUGUGCAACAUAAAAUGAUACAAAAGGCUUCCGAAAUUUGGAGCAUGAUAUCUCAGGGUGCUUAUAUUUACGUGUGUGGCGAUGCCAAGGGCAUGGCUAGGGAUGUACACCGCGCCCUGCACACAAUUUUGCAAGAGCAGGGUUCUCUGGAUAGUUCCCAGGCUGAGAGCAUGGUAAAGAAUUUACAAACAUCAGGCAGGUAUUUGCGCGAUGUAUGGUGA